AUGGCCGUCGUGGAUGCAAUCGCCUGCGGACACGUAGCAGACCGGCCGGACCUAGUUCUACCCAAACAAACGCGUAUGCUCACUCCGACCGAACUAACCACGCGGUUGUCUUUUAGGGCUGUCGCCAGGGCUAAACACGUAAUUCUUGGGUCGACAACCGGGUCAUACUUGGCCCGGGGACUUAGCCUGCCUAUAGCUGUAGGUGGUCUUUCUACCUUUUCUCAGUCUGCAGCCUCCCGGGCGUCUAUCGGGCCAGUCUCUUGGCUCCAGUCAGAGCCCUUGCGUCUAGUUUUCACCGAGACCCUAGGACCACUAUCGUCAGACACACCUUCCUAA